UCAUGAAAUUUGUUUACCAAUUUAUUCUCACUCUCUCUCUCUCUCUCUCUCUCUCUCAUGUUUCUGGAUUUCACGGCUAAAUUGGUUUUGCGUGACAAAAACCCUAACUGCCACAAAACCCUAAUAUCUACUUUACUGUUGUGAGUCUUUUUCUUAUUUCCCCUUAUUUGGUUUCAGUCAUGAAGCUUGAUGUCAAUGCCCUAAGGUAUCUAUCAGACGAUGACUUUCGUGUGCUCACUGCUGUUGAGUUGGGUAUGCGAAACCAUGAGAUUGUUCCAGCGGACCUUAUCAACCCAAUAGCUGGUCUCAAGCAUGGUGGGACAUAUAAAGUCUUGAGGAAUUUACUUAAACACAAAUUGGUGCAUCAUGAUUCCUCAAAAUAUGAUGGCUUCCGUCUUACAUAUCUUGGCUAUGACUUUCUUGCCAUAAAAGCUCUCCUAAACCGUGGUGUAUUUGUGGCUGUUGGUCGACAGCUAGGUGUUGGAAAAGAAUCAGAUAUAUUUGAGGUUGCUGCAGAAGAUGGCACCAUUAUGGCUAUGAAGCUACACAGGCUUGGUAGAAUCUCUUUCAGGGCAGUUAAAUCGAAGCGGGAUUAUUUGCUGCAUAGAAGCAGUUAUAAUUGGCUCUAUUUGUCCAGGCUUGCUGCUAAGAAAGAAUUUGCAUUUAUGAAGGCUUUGGAAGAGCAUGGAUUUCCUGUUCCCAAAGCUGUGGACUGCAACAGGCACUGUGUGGUGAUGUCACUUGUCCCUGGUUACCCACUUGUCCAGGUGAAGCAAUUGCAGAACCCAGAGACAAUCUUUGAGACUAUCGUUGGUAUUGUUGUGCGUUUGGCAGAACAUGGUCUGAUCCAUUGCGAUUUCAAUGAAUUUAACAUUAUGAUUGAUGAUGACGAGAAGGUCACCAUGAUUGAUUUUCCUCAGAUGGUGUCAGUUUCCCACAGAAAUGCACAGAUGUACUUUGAUCGUGAUGUUGAGUGCAUUUUUAAAUUUUUUCGUAAGAGGUUUAAUAUUUCAUAUGAAUGCGAGGGAUCAGAUUCGGAUUCUGAAGAAAGUGUGCGGCCAUGCUUUUCUUCUAUAGUGAAGUCUACGAGUUCUUUGGAUAAGGAGCUUGCCGCCAGUGGUUUUACAAGAACAGACCAGGAUGAGAUGGAGAAGUUUGUCAUUAACCCCAGUGAGCCUGUGGAUUGUGGAAGUUCUGAGGAAGAAGAGACUUCUGAUGUGAGAUGCCUUUCUCUAGGAAACGUUGAUGCAGCUGCUUCUAGCUUGGAUUCAAUGCAUAUAGGAAGUGAGUUUAGUGGGGAUUUUAUAAAGCGUGAGGUUAGCAUAUGUGGAAGUGGUGAGGAUGAUUUGGAGAAGUCUCACACUGAUGGUAAUAGCACACAUAGAGGAGACGGUCAUGAUGAUGUGGAUAAGGCUUCUGUAGGCGGAACCACGGAUGCUCAUAAUGAGGAGUCUCUACGACAAGACGAAGAGGGAGAUGAGGAUGAUCCUGUGCUAGUGAGAAGGCUGAACAAGCAGAGGCGGCAGGCAGUUGCUGCCGCACAUGGUCGAAGGAAGCCCCUCUCUUCUCGAAAUUCAUACAAAGACAAGGGUGGCAAGGCCGCCUCUCACAACACUUACCCUAAUGUUAUUGGAAUAUCAUAUGUGAAUACUGAGUUUUGA